AUGACGGUUUCUAUGAAUUCAUGUUUACUAAUAAAGGACAUGUUGCUAAGUGCUUCAACUUCAAUCGUUGGCACUGGGUUAGCUAUAGGAGGUAUGGUUCGAGCGUCUUUCACUUUUGGCGGUUCAAUGCCGUUGACUGCAGCUGGCACAGGUAUUGGAACUGUGCUUGGAGCAGAUAUAAUCAAUGGAAUUUUACAAUCUAGCAAAGUGAAGCAUGCUCAGAAAGCUCUCGAAGAAGACGAAAAAGUUGCACAAGAGUUUUCCUUGGAAAUAGAAAACGUACAGAAGUUGGCAAAAAAAGUCAAGAGGGACGUUUAUUUCAAACGCGGUAAGCUUGUCUAUCACAUCAGACAUAAGGUAAAAAAAAUCGCUUCAAUAUCAAGUACGAUUGCAAGUUCUAGCGACGAAGCUGCAUCAACCAUCUUGCCAUUACUGGGAAAAACGUACGCUAAAUCUGUACUUGCCGCCAAUGUUGGUUUGGCUGCUGUAUCGCUUGCUGUUGAUGGAAACACAAUCGUCGACACAUUUAUCCAGGUGCACAUGAGUUCAGUUGUUGAAGUUGUAGAAGAUAUUCGUGAUACAGCGCAGAAACUUGAAGAUACAAUUUGUGAUUUCGAUGAUACAAGCAUUGACUUGUAUUUUGUUUGUCAACUUUGUAUUUUAGCUGACUGGUUAAUGAGGGCAUCGCGUAGCCGGCUUUCGUCCUUCUAUGGUAAUUUCUAUGUUUGUAAAUGAUG